UCUCUCUCUCUUUCUCUCUCUAGGAGAGACAUACAUUACCCUCUCUCUCUCUCUCUUUCUCUCUCUAGGAGAUACAUACAUAUAGGGUUAUUCUCUAAUUUGGGCUCUCAGAUCCAUUUCCUAUUCAUAUGCUUGAGCUGUGAGGAGAGAGAGAGAGAGGGACAUGAAGGCAUUGUGGGCGUGUGCCUCAUUAGGCUUUGUUUUGGUGAACUGUGUUCAUGGGUUAGAGAGGUGGAAUGUGAGCAAUCGGUCCUUGGUGAGCAAUCCCCUGCUUGUGGGCUUGACUCUCAUUCAAUCCGCCGCGGCGCAGGGAGCUGUAUGCUUAGAUGGAAGCUUACCUGGUUACCACCUACAUCCUGGGUAUGGAUCAGGCGCAAAUAGUUGGCUAGUUAAUCUAGAGGGCGGAGGCUGGUGUGGCGACGUUAGUUCUUGUGUUUUCCGCAAGACAAAUCGUCGCGGCUCAUCAAACUACAUGGAAAAGGAGAUUCCGUUUACAGGAAUACUCAGCGACAAACGUGAAGAAAAUCCUGACUUUUAUAACUGGAACCGAGUAAAAGUUCGCUACUGCGAUGGAGCAUCUUUUACUGGUGAAGGCCACAAUAGGGCCGCAGGGCUAUUUUUCCGAGGUCAGAGGAUCUAUGUAGCUGCUAUGCAAGAACUUAUGCUAAGGGGAAUGCGCAAUGCUGAUCAGGCCCUCCUUGCCGGGUGUUCUGCUGGGGGGCUCGCUACCAUACAACACUGCGAUGAAUUCCGAGCAUUAUUUCCAGGAAGCACGAGAGUCAAGUGUCUUGCAGAUGCGGGCAUGUUCCUCGACACUGCCGACAUUGCCGGAGGUCGCACACUAAGAUCUUUCUUUGGAGAUAUAGUUAAUUUACAGCACUCCGCGAGGAGCUUGCCCACGAGCUGCACUUCUCGCAUGGACGCAAUUUCGUGCUUCUUUCCGCAGAAUGUGUUGCCCAACAUUCAGACUCCUCUUUUCAUUUUGAAUACUGCGUACGACGUGUGGCAGCUCCAGCAAAGUUUAGCCCCGAAAACAGUUGAUCCGCAAGGGCGUUGGGCAAAAUGUAGGAGGAAUCACUUGUUUUGCGACACCAAUCAGAUCAACUUUUUGCAAGGAUUCAGGAAUGAAAUGCUUAAUUAUUUAAAAGGUUUCUCCACGUCAAGGCAAAAUGGGCUCUUUAUAAAUUCGUGUUUCGCUCAUUGUCAAAUGGAGAGGCAGGACACGUGGUACGCGAGUAACUCUCCACUUAUCGAGAACAAGAGAGUCGCAACUGCUGUUGGCGAUUGGUAUUUCGAACGGACUCUGGUGAAGGCGAUUGACUGUGCAUACCCCUGUGACAGGACCUGCCAUAAUCUCGUUUUCAAAACGAGCAAUUAGAUUAUUCUUUAACUUAUUCCUCGAUUCGUAUAUCAAACCGUAUAUUAAUUUAAUGGGCAUUCGUUGACAAAGGGAAGGGAGGUAUACAUAGAAAUUACGUAAGUUUCUCGCUUGCUAUAAACCCGAGUCUCGCAUGCAAUUCGCCAUGCGAGGCUCUCCAUUUAUUCCAUAAUGUUCGAUUCUUGUUUACGCAUUGAAUUGUAUUACUGUAUACAAGUUCUCAGACUUGAUGUGGUGAUUUGGUAAAGCUUGCUUGUUAGAAUUCGACUUUUCUGAUAUGAAAAUCUCAAUAAUAUGGAAUGCUUGUGUUAAUUGUUGAA